AUAUAUAAGCAUCGUAUAGAAUCCCACAUAGAUUUUAGCAAAUUCUGGAUAGAUGGCAAUAGCUGCGACUGUAAAUCAGCUCAUCACUCUCUCAUCUACAAACCUUCUUCGCUCUUCACUCUCUCCAUUUCCAAAACCCUACUCCUUAAAUCACCACCAUUACGCAAUCACCCACAACGCAAACCCUAGACCCAUCACAUGCCAUGCCAAGCCGAACAUGGUUGAAGAAGCAGAGGAGGUGGUUAAUGGAGUUUUGUUUGACGGUGAUGAUUUGAUGGACGACGAGGACGAGAGCGACGAGGACGAGACCGAAAGCAGUCUCGACUUGCUCUUUAGAUUCCUUCAAAGCAUGUUUAAGAAAGUCUCCAAGCGUGCCAAGAGAGCCUCUCGGUCCAUCUUACCCUCCGUCAUUUCGCCUCAGCUGGUUUCCUUUGCCGUUGAUGGGGUUUGCCUUUUAGCCUCUCUUUCUAUUGUGAAAGCACUUCUUGAGGUGGUGUGCACUCUUGGAGGCACGGUAUUUGUGGUAAUUCUUUUAUUACGUUUGAUUUGGGCAGCCUUAUCCCACUUUCAGUCAAAUGGGAAUGAUUUGAACCAGAGUGGAACCUCUUAUGGUAGAACACAGCCGGUCACGUAAUGUGCUACUAUCUGAAGAAUCCUCCAUUUUUUUUUAGUACUGUAAAGGCACAAUAUUAACUUUUAAUGUAAUGUAUUAGGACAUUCUUUGUGUUAACAUACUUAAUUUUUCCCUCUCA